AUGCAACAACCACAACAGCCGUCAUCACCAAGCCAUGAUGAUCAUGAUUUUCAACCAACCAGUUCAUUGUUAUCUCAAACACCACAAUCGAAAAGUUACCUCAAAUAUAUUACUCCAAACUUUCCGAUCAAUAAUCCAUUCAUAAAUGAUGAUCAUGAAAACUUUCCUCCAUUGUCUUUUGAUGAUAUUAGCAGUCAGAGCAGCCCGAACAAUAGUGAUAUCUUGGACACUUCUACUCUCGAACAUGAUCCGAAUAUUAGUUUGAAUCUCAGCAUUGACACUUUGGCGAAAAUUAAACCGGUCGAUAUUUCCAAUCUUUCCGACUUUUUAAAAGAAAAAGAGUUAGAAGAACUGUUCGAAGAAUCACAACGACAUGUUAUCGAAGAAGAGGAUGCUAAUUAUUUUAAACAAAGAAAAGAAGAUUUAUCUCCACAAUCAAAGAAAGGUCACGGUAUUGUUCUGUAUUCAUCGUUUAUGGAACACCAAGAUGCACCAUUGAAUUCCUCAACACCAACCAAGUCACCACAACAUCAGGAUGAUGAGGAAGAACAAGAAUUUUCAUUCACUUCUCCACCUCAGUUUCUUUCUCCAAUACUAGGGAAUGGAGAAUUGGGAAAUAGAAGAGCAGAAAUUUAUUAUUCACCAAAUUACAAAAUAACCCCAAAAGCAGCUAAGGGUCAUAUGGACGAACUCUUUCUUUCUCCAAUUCGAGGAACAGCUACCAAUACAGUGGCACCAAAUAGCCCAUUAAUGACACCUGACAGCAAAAUAUUUAAGAGUAUUAGUGCUUCAAAAAUUGAACCUCAAGUACCAACAGAAAACAAGAGAAAGAUUUCAGUUGCUAAAAAGUUGGAUUUUCAUCAACAAGACGAUUUUUCUCCUGUUGAGGGAACCUUUUUACCUUCAAAUUUAAACACAUCAAAAGCAAACUUCGAUUCAAACAGCAACAACAAUAAUCAAUGUAAAAAUACAUCUCAUCAAACCAGUUUAAUAUAUCCAACAUCAAAUAAUGCUUCAUGUCACCAAGAAAAAUUGACUCCCAAAAAAGUAGUAUCGUUUCAGAUUGACUCACAAACUCAAACAUCCCCUAGAGAAUGUGACGACGAACCAAGUACUCCCUUAUCAUCUAAAUUUACCUCUCUGUUAUUCCCUCUUUCUUUCAAUGAUAACAAUACCACCAACUCUAUUUUAACACGCUGCUGCAGCAUUGGAACACAAACCAAUGUGGAUCAAAGCACACAAACAUCUCCCACGAAUACUACUACUUCCAUGAAAUGUUUUGAUGCAUAUUCGGAUGUUGUGUGUCCAAAUUGUUCAAACAAAAUUCCCCUUAGUGAUAUUGUCGAGUAUAACAUGAUAUCCUUCACAGAGACAUCACCCAUGACUACACUUGUUUCAAAUCAUCAUGGACACAACAUGGCAACCAACUUCUCUAGAUCAACACCUUACAGAACUAACAAUGUUUCCAACAAUAGCACAACCAAUUACACUUCAACUCCUUCCACUAGAUCCUAUCAUUCACAACAAAUUUCCUACAAUUCACAUUAUCCAAGUUCUUAUUCUAGGUAUUCUUUUCCGUCGACGGUGACCUCUAGAGUUUAUACCAACUACCAUCAUGAAACUCACAUCUUUUCAGAAUAUAGAAAACCUCUUUCUCCUCUAAAUUAUGCCUUGGUGAAACAGAGAUACAAAACGCAAAUAUCUCAUUUUGACAAAUAUAACACCAAUAGAAAUUCUUUUCAUUUAUCGUAA